UCAUUAGUCAUUGCAAAAUUCACAACAAAUUUAUAUCCAUGGAUGUCGGUGCUAUAUUAUAUAUUCAAAAUACUAUAGAAUUAAAGAUUCCAAAAUGAAAGAAAUUGAGGUUAUCUGUAUAUUUAAAAUGUGGGGAGCUACCAAAAGCAGGAUCAUAAUUACACAUUAUGAUAGCUCUUGAUUUCAUUUACUUUCUCCACCUUCUUAUAUCAUCUUAGUGUCCUACAAUUGAGAAAGAGAGUGAGAGAAAGAGAAUGGGGAAGAAAGAAGGGUUCUUUCUAAACAGAUUAAGGGCUCAUGUAAGAGUCCAACCACCGACGACUACUAGCCACCAUAGCUGCAGCCAAGAACCACCAAAUGCAUCCGCAGAGACAAAAGGAAGAAGAAUAAUCGUUGUGGUUGAUUCUUGUUCAGAGUCUAAGAAUGCUUUGCUUUGGACUCUCUCCCAUUGUGCUCAGCCUCAAGACUCCAUCCUUCUUCUCCAUUUUCUUAAAGCUAAACCUUCUCAAUCAGGGGCUCUAGCCACCGGAGGAGAAGAAACUUUAGACAAACAUACAGCUUCGAAAGCUUAUCAAAAAGUUUCAACCUUGAGAAACAUUUGUGAGCUAAAAAGACCUGAGGUGAAGACAGAGAUGGUGGUUGUACAAGGUGAGGAGAAAGGUCCGACCAUAGUAAAAGAGGCAAGAGAACGUGGAGCGUCCUUACUAGUUCUAGGCCAGAAGAAACAGCAUGCCACUUGGCGACUACUAAUGAUAUGGGCCUCACAGACCCGACCUUUGACCAAAACCGACACCGUAGAGUAUUGCAUUAACAACGCUCCUUGUAUGGCUAUUGCCGUUCGCAAGAGAGGCAAGAAAGUUGGUGGAUACACUCUUACAACUAAGCGUCACAAAGAUUUCUGGCUUCUCGCAUGACACUAUUAUUUACUUUUAUUCACCUAAUAAUUAAUAGAUUUCCUCCUGUAAGUUGUAACCUUUACGUUUUAAUCAUGGUUGAGAGUUGUGUGUGCAAUUAUUAUACUAGUUUACUGCUGCCAUCAUUUCUCA